AUGUCCACUCCAAUUAUCUGGUCACCAGCUGAAUCGUUGCAGAUGCCUUUAAUUGUCACCUUGGCGCCGGCGAAAAUAGCCCUUAUUGCUAUCAUAUCGUCACUCAUGCGGAGCCCUCAAGACCCGGAGACAUGCCCAUUUUUCAAUGAAGAAUAUGAUUUUCCAAAGGAACCAAUCGAUUGGAUUACAAAGCUAGAUGGCGGGUUAAAGGAAAUACUAAACAAGUCUGGUGAAAAUGGUGCAAGGCUUUUAGCUGCCUUUACAUGGGAUUUUGAGGAAGGAAGACUUCCGAAUAAUCAUGAUAUCAGCCCAAAUGCUUGUCUGAUCCAUGCUAUGUCGAAUUGGUGCCAAUAUCGAGACACUCUCUACCAUGAGGUCGCACGCCAUUACAAGAAUACAAUCAUUGACCUUGUUCAGAUGAGCGUAAAUUCUCCCAAUGCCGAUUUUGAGCUCGAUGAGCAAGACAGGGUCAAAGUUAAAUUUGUCAGGGAAGCUAUUGUGGAGAUGGCCGGGCACAUUACCUUCGAUAUCGAGAGUCAUGCCGACGACAAUAGCAAGGACAUGGAAAAACUCAUCAAAGCCAUCACCAAUGAUCUCUCCGAAAAUAAAGAGGUUGCUAAGAAAGAUUUCGUCAAGGAAUUUAUUAUCAAGUGCAUUAAAACCAAUACUUAUGUCAAGGGCUAA